AUGGUCUGGAUUCGUAUCGACCUAGGCAAACGAAAGCUUUACAUUGGUGCUGUCCUUUCCAAAGUUAGCUCAAUCACUAAUCCUGAAGACGACAUCAUUAUCAUCGGAGAUUUCAAUCUGCCUGGUUUAAAGUGGUGCUCCUCCCAAAGUAGCUUCUUGUUUGCUGACCCGGAAAGAUCCUCAUUCACGUUGCCCUCCAACAUCAUCCUCGACGCUCUAAGUACGGCCACUCUCCGGCAAAUCAACAACAUCGUUAACGAAAAUGGCCGGACGCUCGAUCUCUGUUUCGUUAAUGACGGGUCUCUUUCACCAACAAUCGAAGAAGCUCCUGAGCCUCUGGUCAAGUCCGUCCCUCACCACCCCGCUUUGCUGCUUACGCUCGAUGUUUCCGGAAUUGUCGCCGUUACCGAAAAUCCGGCAUCCUUCUUCCACGACUUUAAAAGUGCCAAUUUUUCUGCGAUUUUUCAAACUCUGGACACCAUUAAUUGGGAAUCUGAACUAGACCCUUCUGAUCCAAACGCUGCUGCUGUUAAGUUCACUCACAUUGUAAACUACAUCAUCGAUCGCCAUGUGCCGAAACGCUCUGCAGUCUCAAAUCUACGAGCACCUUGGGUCACGAAAGAGUUGCGACAAAUGAAAACGCUGAAGAAUAAAGCCCUCCGUUAUUACACCAGGCACAAGACUCUUCAGGCCAAAAAUCAGUAUCGCAAACUUAACUCAGCCUAUAAAAUACUAAGCACGCGUUGCUAUCAGAGCUACCUAAUCCGGAUUCAGCGUGGUUUUAAAACAAAACCUAAAUCAUUCUGGCAGUACAUCAAGGAUCAACGGAAGGAAUCCGGCUUACCAUCACACAUGUUCCUGGAUGAUACGUCGGCGACUUCGGACCGUGAAAUCUGUGAUCUCUUUGCACAGAAAUUCCGUAGUAUUUUCGGCUCUGGCUCAAUAUCCUCGGAGCAGUUAAAUAGUGCAACAAGCAACGUCCCUCAUUUGAGCACUUCAUUUGAUAAUUUUGCAGUCGACGAAGAUACCAUCUUGAAGGCUUCCGUGAAGCUGAAACACAGCUAUUCUGCAGGACCGGACGGUAUACCAGCCACUUUUUUGAAGCGCUGCAUAUCACAUAUGCUAACACCUAUAAAACGAAUCUUCCAAGCAUCGCUCAACACGUCUACGUUCCCCUCUAUAUGGAAAGAAGCCUACAUGUUUCCGGUCUACAAGAAAGGCGACAGGAAGAAUGUCAACAACUACCGCGGUAUUUCUGCCUUAUGCGCUAUUGCCAAGUUAUUUGAGCUGGUUGUUUUAGACCCUAUCUUCUCGUACUGCAAACCAUAUUUUUCUAAUGAUCAACAUGGCUUUAUGCCUAAGCGCUCUACGACCACAAACUUGCUGGCGUUUACGUCUAAGGUGCAAGACAGUUUUGCUUCAGGAUUCCAAACAGACGUCAUCUACACCGACCUGUCAGCCGCUUUCGACAAAGUGAACCAUGAAAUUGCUAUCGCCAAACUCGAUCGCAUUGGUUUUUUUUGGUUCGUUCGAUCCUCGAAUACGCCUCUGCUAUCUGGUGCCCUUAUUACCAAAACGGCUCUGAGCGUAUUGAGGCUAUCCAACGGCGCUUUAUGA